ACUUCUGCCUGGGGAAACUAUUCCCCCUUCAGUAUCUGGCUUUACAGGGAAGGAGGGGGAGGAGAAAGUGACUCCCUCCCUCCCCUUUUCCCAGCUCAGGGAACUUUCGCUUUCAUUCCGUGAGCGCAGCUGAGGCAGAAGGAAGGUGCCAAGAGAGUGAAACUUCUGUCGGGGCCCAAGAUGGCCGACAGCGUCUGCUGCAAACUGGUGGACUACUUGGAAGAGCUGACGGAGGAGGAAUUAAAGAAGUUUAAGAUGCACCUUGAAGAUUACCCACUUGACGAAGGAUACAAGCCCAUUCGGCGAUGUAAGACCGAGAAGGCCAGUGCCAUUGAAAUAGCCCAGCUCAUGGUCAGAGCAUAUGAAGAGGCCAUGGCAUUACAGAUGACAGUCAGAAUCUUGGACAGAAUAAACAAGAAGAAUCUGUCAGCAAAAAUCAAACAGGAGAUGCCAGCACGUUUCUUCCAGCCUGCAAAACCAGUGCCUUUGACCAAGGAAGAAAAACAAAAACAGAAAGAGAAGAUGGAAUCUGAUUUGUACAACCGGUUCUUUGGAACUUCAAAGAAAGUGGAGGUGACACUGGAUCCCAAAACAGCCUUCCCCACACUUAUCCUUUCUGAAGACCGGAAGAGGGUCCAUCUGGGAAAACAAGCCAAGCCUCUGCCUGAUAACCCUGAGCGAUUCAAUUUUGCACCCUGUGUUCUGGGAGCGGAAGGCAUCACCUCUGGGACCCUGGACUGGGUGGUGAAUGUGGGCAAGGCCAAAAGCUGGUCCAUUGGUGCUGUCCGGGAAUCAAUUGAUAGAAAAUGGUACCUCUACAUAACAGCUGAACAGGGGUUUUGGGUACUACAGCUGAGUGAAGGAGAGUACAGGGUCUCCACUACCCCUUUCACCACCCUUUUCCUGUGGAAGUCACCGCAGCAAAUCAAAGUGCACCUGGACUAUAAUCGUGGCAUCCUCUCUUUUUUUGAUGGUGACUCCAUGGAACAUCUCUUUACCUUCAACUAUCCAUUUUCUGAGAGGAUGUUUCCCUUUUUUCAGGUCUGGGAUACAGAGAUCCCCUUACAAAUCUGCCCCAGUGAUUCCUAAGGACAACAUACUCCAAAUAAUUUGCUUCCCCUCCCUCCUAGCUGUUCCAUCAUACAUGAACGGUGAAUUCCACCCCCAUACCCUUUAAUACAUGCUUAUGAGUAAGUGGAAAGUUUUAAGGGCCUCUGUGAUAAGCUCUAACCAUAUGCUACCCAUAUUCAUAUAUUUAGGCAGUUGUGUGGGAGAACCACUUCCCAUGACAUUAGCAAUCAGAGAAUGGGACAGUUUGGGUGUAAAAUCAGCAAAUAAUAGGUUACUGUGAAGGGCAAAUGGAGAGGAGAAUGCUGUAAGCCCCCUUGGGGAUCCAUUGGGAAGAAAAGCAGGAUACAAAUGAAUAAAAAAAAUAAAUCUCA